GGGGUGAGAGUGCGCGCGGUUGUUUUACAAUUUUAUAUUUACGAACAUGUUUGAUAGUUAUUUGUGAUACUAAAACUAUGAUAAUAAUAUGUGAUUGUGUUGUACUUGAGAUGAUAUUCUAAGGAUGCCUGGACGUUUUUCAAAGAGAUUUUUGGCAGAAGCAGCGCUGCUCUUCCUUGCCGUAACCAGCGCCCGCGCAGCUUGCCCCGCCGGCUGCCGCUGCGCCCAGAGAGGGGGGCAAGAAGAGUACCGUUGCGAGAGGGGAGGGGACAAGUUCGUCGUCAUCGUGGAUGUGAACGAGAGGGCGCAGGUCUACUGCAAGGGAGGUCGCCUCAGCUGCGCCAGCUUCCCCCAACUCACAGCAACCCACAACGGGGUCCUGCCGACGCUGCAGCUGGACUCGUGCUUGCUCCCGGACUCGCUUGCCUGCUUACUGCCACGGCUGGGGGCAGGAGCGGUGGGCGCCUUGCGGGUGGAAGGCUGCAGCGAACUGACUGGUUCCCAUGUUGCAGAGUUGAAGGGACUACAGUCGCUGUGGAUCUUGGACACUGGUUUCCAAAAGACGCUUCCUUUCGACGCUAUAGCAAGACUCCCAACCCUCAUAGAUCUCCAUGUGAAGAACAGCAUCAUCCAGCUGACGCCGAGCCUCGUCCAGAACACACAUCUUCAAACGUUAGAGCUGGGACUCAACCACAUCAGAGAGAUCCCUCCUGGCACCUUCAGAACUUUCCCCAACCUGACCCGGCUGUUCUUGUACGGGAACAAGAUUGAAAAUAUAUCGGAAGAGGACUUUGACGGUCUGCACAACCUCAGGCACCUGGAUCUAUGCCGCAACCCCCUGCGUACAUUGCGCGCGCGCGUUUUCGCCAGCCUGCCGGGACUGCGCCGCCUCACGCUGGCACAGACCGGCCUGGAAGUGAUCAAGACCGGAGCCUUUGAGGGACUGGCUGACCUUGAAGAGAUCGACAUCAAAGCAAGUAAAUCCUCGCUGAAGUUCGAGAGCCUCUCUCUAUCCAACCUGCCAAGGCUCAAGCAUAUCCUCAUACACUCCACACCGCUAUACCCUCUACCAGAAGAUCUAUUCACCAACUCCAAAGCUAUAUACUACAUAAACAUCACUAAGUGCGGUCUCAGUGAACUUCCAAGGAAGUUAUUCCGCGACCAGAGACAAAUGAAGAUAUUAGAUCUGAGCCACAAUAACAUUGAGAUACUGCCCGAAGAGAUUUUCUGGCCUCUUGACAAUUUGGCUGAGUUGAACUUGACUGGGAACCUGAUUGAAGUGUUACCUUGGAGGCUCUUUGAAGGUCUGACCAACCUCAAAUCGAUCUUUAUUGACGACAACCGUCUCUCUUUCAUCUCGCCUUCCACCUUCAACGGGCCAAAGAACCUUAACAGACUGUCCUUACGAAACAACCAAUUAAUGCUUGAAGACGGUAAAGAAGAUUCACCGUUUGGAGAUCUGAGUUAUCUAGAAGAAAUAGACUUGAGCGGGAAUUUGAUAAGGAAGGUGUUCGACGACUGGCGGCUGGCGUGGGUACACUCCAUAAGGACGAUAGACUUGUCCAGGAAUAGGAUACGUGCUUUGAGGGCACAAGACGUCGAGUUCCUCGGCUUCAACGUGACCGUGGAUCUUCGGUACAACAACAUCACCACCAUCGCUGUGCGCCCCAAUCUCCACGACGCUACGGAAUACGACGGCGCGACUUUCCUUUUGGGGAACAACCCUAUAAACUGUAAUUGCGACUUGCACCCUUUCUUGUACUUCACUAGACACCACCAAAACCCAAAAUUUGUUUUAGAAAACACACUUUGUACUUCUCCAAAUAUCUUGAUCAAUAAUUCAAUACACGACUUGCCUUUAGAAUCCUUAUAUUGUGAUGUUAAUAAUAGUGAAGGAUGUCCAGAAUCUUGUUCCUGUAAAAUUCGACCGGAAACUUCUACGAUUGAAUUCGAUUGCUCCAGAACUCCACCUCUAGGAUUUCCUGAUGCAAUGAGCGUUAAUAUGAAAAGUACUAAAGUCAGAAUCAGAAAUAUUCAAGUUCCUAUGAAUUUACCUGAAAAUGCAGUGUUUUUAGAUCUCCACAAUUUGAGCCUUACUGAAGUGCCUGAUAUACCUGAUGGUAUUGUGGAAUUAGAUUUAAGAAAUAAUGAUUUAACGGCAAUACCAGAAGAUGCUUUGAGAGAUAAUCUGACUUUGUAUUUAGCUGGUAAUAAAAUUUCGUGUUCCUGUUGGAAUAAGCAUCAAAUAGAUUUGUUAUACAAAAGUAAGGAUAAAAUCAAAGAUUAUGAUGCUAUAGUGUGUAACGACGGGUCGUAUUUGGCUAAAUUAGAACCGGGGCAUUUAUGUGACGUGUGGUGGGCGACCGUAGUGGGGUCUGCCUUAGCUGCUGCAGGCCUACUGGCAGCAGUGGUGGUGGUUUUAGUCUACUACCGCAUCAGAAAGAUCGAGAAAUUCAUAUACACUCGCGGCUGGCCUCUCCCCCCGUUCAUGUACGAAGAAGACGUCGACAACAGAACUACCGACGUUCUCAUAUCUUACCCCGAUUCGUUAGAGAAAUUCGUUGUAACUCAACUGGUUCCACUUUUGAGGCGCGCUGGGUUCUCGGUGAGUCUUCGCUGCGUGAACUGGGAUGUAGGGGACUACCUUCCUGUGAAAGUCACCAAUUUGGUCGAGGACUCUCGUAGGACACUGGUCUUGUUGUCCAAUGAUUACUUCGAAUCGGACGCUCGGCUUGAACUUCGCGCUGCUCUAAUGGACGAAAGACGCAGCAAAAGAAAACGAGUCUUAUUGGUACUUACAGAAGAAUUACAAUCCGAUCCCAGUCUGGAUAGAUUCAUCCAGACGAGGAAUAAUUUGAGUCUUAGAGACGACCAGUUCUGGGAGCAGUUGCUGACGCAAUUGCCAAGGAAAAGGAAGCCGAAGGCGAAAUCAGGUCAGAAAAUGAAAAAUGUGCGUUCGACCCUCCAUCAAGACAUGUUGUGCAAUUCUAAGAUGUCUUUGAACAGGUUAUGACCUUUACAUACGUAAAUAGUUCAAUUUUUUAUGUCCUAGUCUAAUAUUUAGUCAGUUAUUAUUCCUAGAAACUAGUGUUUCCAAACUAGUGUUUUUCUUCUUCAAAAGCGUACAGCGGUGUCACGUGUAGGUGGAUAUAAAGCGUAACAUUAUUUUCAAUACUCAAUACAUAAUUAUUUAUUGCAUCUAUGUUAUAAAUAGCCAAUCUGUUAUAACAUCAGUACUAUGCAAGUUCAAAUGUUAAAUAUUAUUCGUUUAGUUUAGUUAGUUAAAAUAUUUUUAGUUCAUUAAACAGGAUAAAUUGUGAUAUUGAAAUCAUUGGAAUCCUUUUAAAAUAAGACUCUAAUACUCAUGUUCAUAGCGUUAGAGCCGAGUUUUCCCAAAUAUGAGACAAAUCCAAUAAGUUAUUGUGUAUAUUUUUACUAUUUAUUUGUAUUAAUAGUGUGUCGAAAUAAGAUGCCACAUUGUUAAGCUUGCUGUUGGUCUGUAAAAGUUUUUUAUUUAUUGCCAUUUUAAGUCAUUGGAUCCGGCUUAUUUGGGGAAUGUUUUUUUUAUGUGACAGGAGGCAAACGAGCAGACGGAUCACCUGAUGGUAAGUGAUUACCGUCGCCCAUAGACACCCGCAGACCCAGGGGCGUUACAGGUGCGUUGCCGGCCUUUAAGGUGAAGAUACGCUCUCCUCUUGAAAGCUUGCAGGUCGUAUCCGUCCGGAAACACCGCAGACGACAUUCCAUUCCACAGUUUGGUUGUACGGGGCAGGAAGUUUCUAGAGAAACUUACCGUUGUGGACUGCCAACCAUCUAAGUGAUGGGUAUGGAAGUGCUGUCGGGUAGAUCGGUGGCGAAAAGUGGCGGCAGGAAUAAGUCCGGACAAUUCUUCGGAGCACUCCCCGUGAUACAUGCGAUAGAAGAUGCACAGUGAGAUACAUCUCUACGCAGCGCCAAGGGGUCAAGCCGAUCCGAAAUGUCCUGGCAGUCAACGAUUCGAGCUGCUCUCCGUUCAAUGCGGUCCAGAGGGAGAAGCUGGUACUGGGGCGCACCUGCCCAAAGAUGAGAACAGUAUUCCUAUUUCCGUAUUAUUAUGAGGCCGAAACUGCGCCUUGUAAAGUUGCAGACGAUGGGCUGGAGUGAAAUACCGUCUCGAUCUAUUGAGCACACCAAGCUUCUUCGAGGCUAAUUUAGCCUUAGUGCCUUUUCACACGUUCCGGUUGCUGGCUAUCCGGCGCCGGGUACCCGGUGGUGAAGUGUAUGGGCAUGGUACGGAGCUUUCACAUGUUCCGGCGUAAAUUAAUCCGGCAGGCGGUCGCCGGGUGCGCGCCGGAUCCACCACUGUACGUCCGGUCGCCGGGCACCGGUUAGCCGGCCGCCGAACUGACAGUGGUGUAUGGAACACGCAACUAGCUUUCACACGCGCCGGCCGGUCAGUCGUCCAGGUACAGUCUGCGAGAGUUGCAGUUUCUCAUUUUUGUAUCCUGACGUUGCAAAGAGUUCUUCAAACGGUUAUGUAAUUCAUCAAAAGUAGUUGUACUUGAAAAACCUGUCUUCAUGUGCUCGUAGAUCUGGGAAUAAUGUAUAGAAUGCACCUAAUGCUUCUCUUUUCAUAUUAAUUGCAUGAACCCAAUAAUUUCUUGAUAUUUCUUUCCAGCGCAGAUAUUUUCGUCUUCGAUAUUUUAUUUUAUUUAUUUUAUUAUGCAUAACUAGGCAGGUAUUUGAUCAAAAUCGCACCUGAUGUUAAGUGGGAUGCAGUCUAGGAUAUAAAAGCCACAUUGCAAUUAUUUGUUCACGGUCCAUCUUUGAAAGUAUGAAAUGAACGAGACUGUACUCUUGUCGGCUCUCUAGUCGAUCAACCGGAGCGUGUGAAAGCUCAUUUGACGCCGGGUAGCCGGCGCCGGUUAGCCGGCAACCGGAACGUGUGAAAAGGCACUUACCCUCUAAGUGACCACGGAACUGGACUUCGCUCGAUAUGUCGACACCAAGGAUUCCGAUAUUGGCUGAGGCAGUUAGGGGAGUGUUCUCGAAACUGCGGGAUACCAUCUUUUUGGCGGUGAACGCGCAAACUUGUGUACCAUGUAUCAUGAGUAAAGUUUUAUUUUAAAAGGAUACCAACGAUUUAAACACCCUGUAUUAGUACGUAAUUUGGUUCAUAAGUUAAUGUGUAGUAAUGCUGCGGGUAGACAAUGAAGUGCCCCUGUUCGAAAUAAUGAGGGCUAUCGUUUUAGCGCUCACCAGUUAGCGCCACUGUAGAGUAAGGUCCUGUCACUUGCUAGUAGCGAAGACAGUGGCACCAACUGGUGAGCGCUAAAGUGGUAGGAGGACUAUCGCAUUUGCACUCAUCAAGAUGGCGCCACUGUAGAGUAAGGUCCUGUCAAUCGCCAGGGGUGCCAACUGUUAAGUAUAAAAACGAUAGCCCUCAUUGGCAAUAUUAUUGUCUAGCGCCAUCUAUACCAAAUAAUCGUGCGCCUGUCAGGAAUUUGAGACUGAUUGUUUAUUUUAAGUACAAACAUUAAUGUAAGUUUCGAAUCUUAUAAGUUCUAUUAUAUUAUUGAAAAUUAAUUGCUAUUCGUUUUACUUACUGCUUGGUCGGUAUUAGAAAUGAUUGUUGCGACUUGAGCGUUGAGAAAACGUGGAAAAGUUGCGAGGAAAGUAGUAAAACAAUUUUUAGGGUUCCAUAACUCAAAAGGAAAAAGCGGAACCCUUAGGAGCACUUUGUUGUCCUAAAUUAAAUAAGUACUUAGAUUAAGUUUAAAUACGUUGUAAAUAUUGAUUGACUUCUAGUGUAUGUCUUGUUGGUUGUUCUAUUAAAUAAAUAAAUGAUUAAAUUUAGAUUCUCUUGAGUUUCGAGGUAUAUGUUUUUGCACCAUAAAUGAAAGUAUCUUUGUAUAUAACGACUUAUGUAAACUCAGCAUAAAAUGUAUUUAAAGGGUUUUUUUAAUGAUAACACAAUUUAUUUAUUAAACCAAUACUUACUUUGAUUUGGUUGAUCAAAUAAGUUUAAAUAAUAAGGUAAUACGUGCCAUAGCCGUUAAAGCAACGAAAUAUUAAAUUUAUUUAUC